AUGGCCCUGAGGUAUAAGACUUUCUUCUACAACCAGAAAAACCCACAGCCCUUUCAAGAAAGAAUCCUGGCUAGCUCCCUGGCAGUGGCUGUCUCCCAGACUCUCAUCAACCCCAUGGAGGUGCUGAAGACCCGGCUGAUGCUCCAGAGGACGGGCCAGUACAAGGGGCUACUGGAUUGUGCAUGCCAGAUCCUAGGGCGUGAGGGAACCCGAGCCUUCUAUCGGGGUUACUUGCCCAACAUGCUGGGCAUUGUGCCCUAUGCCUGCACCGACUUGGCUGUCUAUGAGUCGCUCAGGUGGGUCUGGCUCUACUUAGGGUUCGAGUCAAACAAUCCCAAUGGGAUGGUCAGCCUAUUGUCCAUCACACUGUCCAGCACAUGUGGCCAGAUGGCCAGCUACCCCCUGACACUGGUGCGGACAAGGAUGCAGGCCCAAGACACCUUGGAGGGCUCAAAUCCCACCAUGCAAGAUGUCUUUGGAAAGAUCCUAGCCCAGCAGGGCAUGCCCGGCCUGUACCGGGGGGUGACUCCCACUCUCCUGAAGGUGCUGCCAGCAGUGGGCAUCAGCUACGUGGUAUACGAAGCCAUGAAGAGUGUUCUGGGGGUGGCUAAGAGCCUUCCCUCUUGUCUGGAGGGCUAA